GGUGUUUUAGCGGGGACCGCGGGUCCCAGGCUGGAGCGGCGCUCAGCAGGCAGGAAGCGCAGGCGCUGCCCGGACGCCGGGGGGGUUCCCCAUACUUGGAGUCGGGCUGUGCGCGCCCCUCGAGCCCUGCGGAUGGCAUCGCCGGGCUGCUAAUAUCUGCUCACCCUGCCCGGGUCCGCAUGCGGCUGUGGAUGUCCCCGGAGAGGCUGAGAACCGCCUUCGCACCGUGGCUAUGGAGGUAAACUGUUUAACACUAAAAGACCUGAUCAGCCCCAGGCAGGCCAGGCGAGAUUUUGCCAUUGAAGAUGCAGAAAAUGCACAAAAGGAAAAUAUAUUUGUUGGAUCAAGGAUGGCCCCGAAGACUCCAAUAAAAAAUGAACCAAUUGAUCUGUCAAAGCAAAAAAUCUUCACUCCAGAAAGAAGUCCCAUUACUCCAGUAAAGCUGGUGGAUAGACAGCAGGCAGAGCCAUGGACACCCACCGCCAACCUGAAGAUGCUCAUUAGUGCUGCCAGCCCAGACAUAAGGGACCGGGAGAAGAAAAAGGGGCUGUUCAGACCCAUUGAAAACAAAGAGGAUGCAUUUUCAGACUCCCUGCAGCUUGAUGUUGUUGGGGACAGUGCUGUGGAUGAAUAUGAAAAGCAAAGGCCAAGCAGAAAACAGAAAAGUUUAGGGCUGCUGUGCCAGAAGUUUCUAGCUCGCUAUCCCAGUUAUCCUUUGUCAACAGAGAAAACCACCAUCUCCCUAGAUGAAGUCGCUGUCAGUCUUGGGGUGGAAAGGAGACGCAUCUAUGACAUCGUGAAUGUGCUGGAGUCCUUGCAUCUGGUCAGCCGGGUGGCCAAGAAUCAGUAUGGUUGGCAUGGUCGGCACAGCCUGCCCCAAACCCUGAAGACCCUCCAGAAACUAGGAGAGGAACAGAAAUACGAAGAACAGAUGGCUUGCCUCCAGCAGAAGGAGCUGGACUUGAUGGAUUAUAAGUUUGGAGAACGCAGGAAAGAUGACUCUCCAGAUCUCCAAGAUCAACACCUGUUGGAUUUCUGUGAACCUGACUACCCCUCUUCUUCUGCAAACAGUAGAAAAGAUAAAUCUCUAAGAAUUAUGAGCCAGAAGUUUGUCAUGCUGUUCCUUGUCUCCAAAACCAAGAUUGUUACUCUGGAUGUGGCUGCCAAGAUCCUCAUAGAAGAAAGCCAGGAUACCCCAGACCAUAGUAAAUUCAAAACAAAGGUACGACGGCUCUAUGACAUAGCCAAUGUUCUGACCAGCUUGGCUCUGAUAAAGAAAGUGCAUGUAACAGAAGAACGAGGCCGGAAACCAGCCUUCAAGUGGAUUGGGCCUGUGGAUUUCAGCUCCAGUGAUGAAGAACUAGUAGAUGUAUCUGCAUCUGUCUUACCAGAAUUGAAAAAAGAAACAUAUGGCCAGAUUCGGGUCUGUGCGAAACAGAGGCUGGCUCGGUACGGUUCCUUUAACACAGUGCAGACUUCUGAGAAGACACAGAGGAAAGUGAGCUCAGAACCCAGCAGCCCGCACAGAGAGAAACAAGGAUCGGCCUAUUCCCUAGAAAUUGGAAGUCUGGCAGCUAUCUACAGACAGAAAAUAGAAGACAAUUUGCAGGGGGAAACCUUUGCCAGUAAGAGAGUGGUGCCUCCAGCAAGCGGCUUGGACCCUACCCUCCCUAUCGACCCAGAAUACUGUGUUAACCCAUUAGCCCACCAAGUAUUUUCUGUUGCUCAAACAGAUUUGCAGGCAUUCUCCAUGCAGAAUGGUCUGAAUGGACAAUUAGGAGUCCCCCUCAUUUCUGCAGCCUCUGAUGCAGAGAGCUCGAAGCCAGCUCUGCUUGCUGGUCAGCCCCUGGUGUAUGUGCCCUCCACUUCACUAUACAUGCUGUGUGGGAGCCUGCGGGAGGGACCAUCCCCAGGCUCAGGAUCAGAGGACAGCAGAAGCUCAGAAGUCCCAGCCGCAACAGACUUGUCAUUGGCAAGCUCAGCUCAGAAGCGCCUGUGUGAGGAGAGGAAUCCUCAAGAGGAGGAUGAACCUGUCACUAAAAGACAAAGUCAGGAAUUCGAAGACACUCCCUUAUCCCUAGUGAUGCCCAAGAAACCCUCACAUUCCAUGGACCUUGCCUCUCCCAUGACCAUGGGAAAUGAGGGAUCUACACCCCUGGGAGGCGCUUGUGUAAAGGAUCAUCUCCCUGCUGCAGAAGACGUUUCAGGAAAGGGUGUUGCAAACUGCUUCAUUGAUUCUGAAUGUAGAAACCCAUCCAGAAAUCCAGAUACCGAAAAGCCUUCAAAAGAAAAUGAAAUCACCAAAGAGUCAUCGCUGCUGCAGUAUCUCUAUGUGCAGUCUCCGGCAGGAUUAAAUGGCUUCAAUGUGCUCUUACCAGGCAGCCAAACCCCUCAUACUGUGGGGCCAUCCCCGGGCCCACUGCCAUCCUUCGGUGUUCCUUGCAUGGUCUUACCUUCUCCAACUCUAAACCCAUUUCCAGUUCUCUAUUCUCCUGGAAUAUCUUCGGCUCCUGGCGCUCUCCCAAACACGGGACCUGUGAAUUUUGGCUUGUCCGCCCUGGGAUCCACAGCUCAUCUUCUCAUCAGCCCUGCAGCCAUACUCAAUCCAAAGUCAUCCACCCUCCCCUCUGUAGACCCUCAGCUUCAGCAUCAGCCCUCCCAGAACUUGAGUCCAGUGAUGUCAAGAUCACACAACAUCGUCCACCCUGAGUCCCCCGGUUACAUGGGACAUCCAGUAUCAGUGGUUAAACUAGAGCAGUCACCUGUACCAGUGACCCCCAAGAGCAUCCGACGCAGGCAUCGUGAGACAUUUUUCAAGACACCUGGCAGCCUCGGAGAUCCUGUCCUUAGGAGAAGAGAAAGGAAUCAAUCACGAAACACCACCUCAGCCCAGAGGAGACUAGAAAUCCCCAGCAGCGGGCCUGACUAACCUGCUGCUUUGGCAGGAGGGGUGGCCUCAAAAUACCUGGAGGUCCCUGUGUCCCAGACAGUGCCCAAAGUGGAACACAGGCCAUCCUGGUCCUCAGCUUGUGUCCUUGCUCUCUUUUUCAUCCACUGGUUAUGCCAACUUCCCAAUAUCAUGAAUCAUCUAUCUUCCCCGAAGUAAUGAUUAUUAAUUAUGCAUUUAAUACUAGCUAGAGUUCAAGCUCUGCACAGUGUCACAGCAACAGCACUGUCUGUCUGGUGUGGUUUGAUUCAAGAAUUACCCAGUUGCUGGAAGUAGGUCUGAACAGGCUGCUGGAGCCUUGUGGUCUUUCUGAAGGGGGAGCUGAAGCACUUAACCGGAUAAACAUUCGUGUUGUGCAUUUCCACUUGCCCUAAGUAGGGCUGCGGUGAGAGAACUUCCUUUCUACAGCUUAAACAUGCUACUGCUUCCUUCCUUUUCACCAGGAAGCCGCCUUCAGUUAUGAAUCCUAUGGUAUUAUUUAUUUUGUUCCUGAAGUGGGACUUAGUGCAAAAAGUUUACAACUACAGCCUAACAAAUUUUUUCAGGGUAUGACGACUUGAAUGUUUAUAAUUUGUUGUAUAAUUUGCCCUGCACUUACUCUACAACCUAUUAAUAAUGUGGACAAAUGUAUAUACAUGACAGAUGUCAAGACCAAAAUAACUGUGAAUGCUACACCUAGCUAUGGAUGAACUGUGCUGACCCUUCUGAGGGCAUGAAGACAAAGGUGAAGUCUAAGGGCCUUUGUGGCUGCUUUGGCAACUGCGAACGAUGAAGUUUUACUGUUCAAAAACCCUACUAUGCUGUUUUCUUCACUAUGUGCCCUGAAUUUUUUGAACUUAAAUGCUCAAUGUAAAGUGUCAGGCAUGCAUGUCAUAUUUGGAGGGGUAAGAAGGAAAAUGGGGACAUUCUGUUUUGUUACCAGGAGUAUUCAAACCGUAAUUCUGUGGUACUCUCAGAAAUAAGAGCUGUGAGUUAAUUCCAACACAGAUAGAACUCUGGAAACUGUUCCAAGUAUCCCUCUGAAAACCAUGUUACUUUAGGAAUCAAACUUGCUCUCUAUUCUCAAUUUAUUCAUAUUUAUACCUCAUGUUUAUCUCUUCAGAGUAAAUCUUUCCCCCCUUUCUCUGCUUCCUUUUUUCUUUGCUUCCUUCAACCUUUUUUUUUUUUUUCUUUUUCUCUUUUAAACUUCUUAGAUUUAGAGUCUUAAUAUAAUGCUCUUUUUUAAUUUUGGGGCCCUGUAAAAUAUUAUGUGAAAGAAUAAAAAUAUUAAUUUAAGAGACUCUGGGAGUCUAAGUAAAGUAGCUUUCUAUCAACUACAGGGUGCCCUUAGCCUUACUACCCCUACAGUAACUUUUGAAAACUAGAGACAGGUAGCCAGAUUUAAUAAAUUUGCUACUUAGCAAAUUUUUAUCAACACUAAGCUUCUAAAGUUUACAAGAUGAUGGUUUUCUCCUUUUUAAGAAACUCUUGUGUUAAAUAAAAAUUACAUAGUAAUGAUCACUCUGAACCCACACCAGUGGGUUCCUUAUUGAAACAAAAAUAGGCCUUUUUCAGGUAGUUUACUGGAUAUGCAGCAAGGGAGUUUGUACAGAGUGCUGGCAUUUAAAAUCUGUGCUGCAUAAGAACUAUGAAGUAUUUCCACCAAGAAGUCUGCAUUUAGAUAGAAGCAAGCAUUGAAGAAUGAUCCUGGAUGGUCUUCAUCUUCGCUUUCUGCUGCCCUUUUAUUGUAAUUAUUACUCUGUGAAUUGACCACAUUAACCUCAGGAUUUGUGGUUCUUGAGUGUUAAGUAGUUCCAUUAAGGAGAAGGGUGUGACCUCAUGGCCACAAUCACUGAUGGAAAACAUAGGGAAGUCGCUUCUGUGUAAGAACUCAUGUGGCUUCCUGUUAUGUAAAAAUCAAAUAAUCAGUGAUUGUUUCUGUCAAGAAAGUGACUUCAGAACGGCUGGCUGAUGGCUGGUGCUGCUGCUGAGCUAGACCUCUGGGGUAAGGAGAGGCAAUGGCAGUCUGGAGUUUGUUACUAUCUAAUUUAGUAAAAAAAGUAACUGUUGGAGGUCCUUUGAAGGAGAUGCAGCUUUGAGUCAGCACUGGUGAGGUGGGGGUGCUCCUUGCUGUCCAGGGUUUGUGAAACCCUAGCAUUCUGGUUCAAGAGUUGGGGGUAAAAUUUUUAUACUUGAAUCUACCUACCAAGUUUACAUUACUCAAUUCCUUUUUGUAAGGUGCUAUUUCUGUAUUUGAAUAACUUUAAUGUAAAGCUGCUUCCUGCUUAUUGCACUGCUAGGUUUCUGUAGGUGUUAACUUUAUUGCUGCUUGCUGCUUGUGUUUUCAAUUGUAUUUCGCUCUGCCCUUUUUCCUAAUGGCUAUAUUAUCUAUAGCCAUCUGCUUAAAACGUACUACAUGUAAAUCCAUUUUUUUCUUUUAGAAAAAUACUAAGCUCUAUAAAA